AUGUCGGUGCAGCUCAAUGUCCAACAGUUCUAUACGCGUGCCUCACAAGUGCUAUCGGCAUGGAAUUCACAUAAACUUACGGAGUUCGAGGCGUUAGCUGGUCUCGACGCGCUCCAGAUCAUAGCCGGUGACCCUGGUGACGACGAAAUGCUUCGUAAAAGCACAGCUCUACAGACGUGGCUCCUUGGCUAUGAAUUCCCCCUUACCCUCAUGGUUUUCGCGAAAGAAAAAAUCUAUUUCUUGUGCUCUUCCUCAAAGGCCAAAAUCCUACACCAGCUUGAGAUACCCAAGGCGCCCAUUCCUAUUCAAAUUUUCAUCAUGGCAAAAGCAAAGGAUGGUCCGAAUGAAGCUCCCAAGCAGCUCGCAGAAGCUUUAGGAUCGGUGAAACGACUUGGUGGUCUACCCAAAGAGCAGCAAACCGGUAAGAUUGUUGACGACUGGAACAAGACUCUCGAAGAACAUUUGGGAAAACCGGAGAUUGUGGAUAUCGCCGCUGCAAUAGGCAGUAUAAUGGCUAUUAAGGACGAGGAAGAAUUGAAAAACGUGCGCACGGCCGCGCAUCUCUCUUCCACUUUGAUGACACAUCAACUGGCGUCCAAGCUCGAGCUCAUUCUUGACAGGCAGUCUACUAUUAGCCACGAAUCGUUCGCGAAGCAACUUGAGACUCGUCUCGGGAGCGAAGGGAAAGAGCCCGAUAUGAGGGUUGAUUUCUCAUCAGCGGAACUCACGUAUCUCCCUGUCAUUCAAUCACGAAACUCGGGAUACGAUUUACGCGUUGCAGCCGAGCCAAGCACUGAACCUCUUGCACACAAGGGUGUUAUACUUGGAACUAUCAGUAUUCGGUACAAAGGCUAUUCAGCACACGUUAGCCGCACAUUCUAUGUGGAUCCAUCAAAAGAACAAGAGGGCAUAUACUCAUUCGUCCUUAGCUUACAAGCUGAGCUUCUCUCCAAGCUCCGAGACGGGACGCCGGCAAAGGACGUGUAUGCACAUGCCAUUUCCUACAUCAAGCAGAAGAAACCUGAACUAGAGAAAUAUUUCACAAAGAAUGUGGGCUUUGGAAUGGGGAUCGAGUACCGAGACAGUUCGUACCUCCUUUCUGCUAAGAACACUCGGCAAGUCAAGGCUGGUAUGAUUUUCAAUCUCUCGAUCGGGUUUUCCGACUUGGAGGAUAAGGAUGGGAACAAGUAUGCAGUCCUCGUGAGCGACACUGUGAAGGUUGGACAAGAGAAGGCGGUGUGCUUGACCGAGGGAACAAAGGCGACCGAUGAGGUUAUGUUCUUUUUCCAGGAUGAAUCAAACUCCAAGUCUAAAUCAAAGAGUGACUCUCCGUCAAAGAACAAAUCAAAACCUGCUUCUGCCAAGAAAAAUGCCUCGCCAAAUGGCAAAAUGGUUGGCUCCAAAGUUCUCCGGAAUAAGACUAGACAGCAAUCGGCCGACCAAGAUGCCUCUGCCUCUACCUUGGCGCGAAUCGCUGCUCACCAAAAAGAGCUUCAUGCACAACGUCAGGCGGACGGUUUAGAUAGGUUUGCGGAUGACGAAGGUGGCAAUGAUGGCAAGGAGCGAAAAACUUGGAAGCGCUUCCAAAGUUACAAGGGGGAUGCUGCUUUACCCAAGGAGGUGGACUCUAUGCGAAUUCACGUUGACAGGCGCAACAUGACCAUCGUAGUUCCCGUCCAUGGUUUUGCUGUGCCAUUCCAUAUUAAUACCAUCAAAAACGUCAGCAAGCUCGACGAAGGAGAAUUUACCUAUUUACGAAUCAACUUCCAAUCUCCAGGUCAAUUGACUGGACGAAAGGAAGAUACACCUUUUGAGGACCCUGAUGCAACUUUCAUUCGUUCUUUGAGCUAUCGCUCGGCGGACACGGUUCACUUUGACGACCUCGCAAAACAGAUAACCGAACUCAAGAAGGAGGCGAACAAACGUGAACAAGAGAAAAAGGCACUUGCAGACGUUGUCGAACAAGCUGAGCUCGUGGAAAUCAAAGGCCGACGACCCACCAAAUUGCCCGAAGUCUUUGUCCGGCCAGCAUUAGAUGGCAAGCGCCUACCAGGAGAAGUCGAAAUUCAUUCCAAUGGUAUUCGAUACUUGGGUGCCGGGGGGCAAAAGAUUGAUAUUCUUUACUCAAACAUCAAGCACCUCUUUUUUGCGCCUUGUGAUAACGAAAUGCUUGUAAUCAUCCAUUGCCACUUGAAGUCGCCCAUCAUUAUUGGGAAACGCAAGUCCAAAGAUGUUCAAUUCUACCGCGAAGCAUCUGAUGUCCAGUUUGACGAAACCGGAAACCGAAAACGCAAGUAUCGCUAUGGCGAUGAAGACGAGAUUGAACUCGAACAGAAUGAACGCAAGAGGAGACAACAGUUGAACAAGGAGUUCAAGCACUUUGCUGAGAAGAUCGCUGAAGCAUCUGGCCCCGAAGGUCUCGAGGUUGAUAUUCCUUUCCGUGAGCUCGAGUUCGAAGGCGUGCCAUUCCGAACCAAUGUCAAACUUCAACCGACUACUGAUUGCUUGGUACACCUGUUCGACCCUCCGUUCCUCGUUGUUACACUAUCUGAAAUCGAAAUUGCAUCGCUUGAGCGUGUUCAAUUUGGGCUCAAACAAUUCGAUCUCAUUUUUAUUUUCAAUGACUUUUCAAGAACGCCCCAACACAUUAAUUCUAUACCUACCAAACAGUUGGAUAGUGUCAAGGAGUGGCUCGAUUCUGUCGAAAUUCCUAUGGCCGAGGGCCCCGUCAACUUGAACUGGGGUCAAAUUAUGAAGACUAUUAACGAAAACCCGCUCGAGUUCUUCCGUGAAGGCGGUUGGAGCUUCUUGGGUGGAACGGGUGGUGGUUCGGACAAGAGCGGUUCCGAUGACUCUGAUUCGGAAUCAGAGUUCGAGAACGAAAGCGACGACGAUGUGUCCAGUUCGAGUGAUUCGGAAGAGAGUGACUUUAACGAUGGCUCGGACGCAAGCGAUGAUGAAGGCAGUGGCUCGGAAUUGGACGAUGAUGAUAGUGGUGACGAUUGGGACACGUUGGAGAAAAAGGCCGCCAAAUCAGAUAGCAAGGCGCGCGAGAGCGGGCGUGGACAUGAUUCGGACUCGGAUAGGCCAAAGAAGAAAGCGCCAGCAAAAGGGUCGGGAAAAGUGCCCGCUAAAGCUAAUGGGCGUCGCUAA